UAAGAUAAAACAAUUUAACCGACGAAUAAAUGAAUGAAUCAAUCAAUCCAUUAACCCGUAAAUAAAUAAAUAAACAAACAAUUAAUUAAAUAAAUCGAGCAAUAAUCUAAUCCCUUGUUUAACCAAUUAUUCAAUCUUAUUUAGUUUUUAAUUUACGAAAAAAAUAAACAAAGAUACCCAAUUAAAGAAUGAAACAAUUAGUGAAUCAAUCAAUCAAUUCAAAAAUAAAUCAAUAUUUCAAUCUGGUAAUUAAUUAUGCAAUCGCUUAUCUAAUUGAUGAACAACUCUUACUUUUUCUUCACUGAUACAGGAGGCAAAUGAAAACAUAUUACUAAUAAAUUAACCGAUAAUACAAUCAAGCAAUAAAUCAAUUAGGAAAUAAAUAAAUCAACCGGCCAAUCAAUCAAUCAAUCAAUUAAUUGAUCAAUCGAACAAUCAACUCACCAAACAAUAUGUCAAUCGGUUAUUUACGCUUUAAUCAAAUUUCUAGUUUGCCCUUGAUACAAAAGAGUGAAUAACUAUAUUGCAGGGUUGUGAGAAUAUUCGAACAUUUGAAUAGUAGUUUCGAAUAAUACGCUAUUCAAUAUUCGCUUCGAGGUACACUGAUAUGUAUUUUUCGAAAUGUUAAUCACGGCAUUUUAUCUCGUUAAGUGCGCUUCCCACCACGGACCGGCGCACAGCGGAGAAGCGACACCCGCGGAGUUCGCUUCCGCCGGGUGUUGCUUCUUCGCAGUGCAACGGUGCUAGGUAAGACGCGCGCUCAACGGGACUGAAACGCUGCAGUCGACACUUGGAAAAGUACAAAUACUGCAGCCGCGUGCUCAGCAGGAAAGAAGACUAUCAAAGGGGGAUGGUGCGUGUGCGCGCCUGGUGUAAACAAAAGGAAACGGAAACUUUAUGCAUCUUGAUAAUUACACUUUAAAAAGACAAAUUAAAAAAAAAAAUAAGCUGGCUGGUUAUGCAGGAGUACAUGUUAGGGAGAAAUACCCGGACAACCUGCAUCAAUCAUUCGUGACAGAAAAAAAGUUUUUUGUAUUAGAAAUAGAUUUUAUAAGUCUCCUCGCUUAGGUAGAGUUGGGCACGUCUAUAGGUUUAAUUUUAUGUCAAAUGCACUGUUUACAUGCCAUCUCAAUGUAGGCAUUGGGAUUUCUGAGGUCUCAGUCGAUAAGUAUAAUCAGAAUAAAAUUAACUUUGCACAGAAAGAAAAAGGAAGAAGAAGUGUUCAGAGCAAGAAGCUCGAUUUUUCGCUCCUUCUAGAACCAAACGCUUUAGGCCAGUUAAUUAAAUUUUUCAUCUCGAACGGAAACCAUCUACCACCAACAAUUUUGCUCGGCGGCAGCCCGCCGACCGCAAAUGGAGGGCCAACCUCUUCUGUGAGUAGCAGAAAGCGUUUGACGCCCAAUCUGUCUGACAAGAUGGACGCCAUAAGCGACCACAUAAAUUCCAAUGGCCAACAGGAGGAUGGACGCCCGCUGCUUCACCCUCUUCAAUUGGUUCUUCAAGAAAUAAGUGGAACAGUAUCGGACGAGAACAUCCCAUCCAAACGAAUUCGUACCGCCGAUGUCGAGAGGGACCAAGGUGAGGAUAACACCUCAUUAUAUUCAUUGAGGGACAUAACCGAUGAGACCGACAAUGACGAACCGUACACAGUCAUGACAUACCGAAAAAACCGGGAAACAGGAAUUCCCGUAGUCUUCAAGCCAACAACACAAAACACGUCCUUCUGGCGUGUAAACCCAAACGUGCUUGCCAACGAGAUCAUAGCGGUCACACAAGAAAAGAUUGUCUCGCACAAAAUCAACAAAGAAGGCAAUCUGUCCGUAAAUGUUUCAUCCCUGGACUCGGCAAACAAGCUUCUCGCAGUCACCUCUCUCGGAGAGAUUCAGGUAACUGCUCAUAUUCCGGAGGCAUAUUCCAGGAACUAUGGAAAAGUAAAACACGUGCCACUCGAAUACAGCAACGAUGAGCUCUUGGAUUAUUUAAAAGACUUUGGAGUCACGUCUGUUCAACGUCAAGUGGCCUACCGACGCCAGGACGACGGAAUUGUAGAACAACACCCUUCAACUACAGUCGUCCUCACAUUUCGGACGGACCGAGCCAUGCCUCAGCGCAUCUACCUCGGAUUCACAAGCCAUCCCGUUGAAGAAUACUUUGGACAGGCAGUUCAGUGCUUCAACUGCCAAAGAUAUGGACAUCUCGCCAGGAACUGUAGAGGAGAGCGUCGUUGCAAGGUGUGUGCAGGACCACAUAGCCACAAGGAGUGUAGCUCCAGAAAAGAACCUAAAUGUGCCAACUGCAGCGGCAACCAUACAUCCACAUAUUCUGGAUGUCCGCGCAAAAAGGUCGUCACUGCUGCAAAACAACGUUCUAUCAUCAACGGAAGGCAAACAAGACGCCGAGCUCUGUCACCAAAUCCACAAGUUGUUCGCCGCCAAGCGCGACCAGAACAUCCCAACGGAGAAGCACCAACAAAGAAAACUUACAGUGAGAUCCUGAAGCGUCCUCGCAUGGUUCAGAAAGAUCAAAGAAAUGCACAAGAGGACGACUUUCUUCCCUUGGAGGAGCGUCCAGGGCGGUCGACAAUGCCAACACCCAUACCAGCACCUCGUCGAUCUCGGAAAACUCAAGCGCCUCCCGCUGGAACACCAGCAACAUACCCAAUGUCAAACCAGUCACAGCAUCCACGAAAACAAAAAGAUCUUGCGCAGGUACUCCUACCCCUGUUAUUUGUGGCGUUAAAGGCUAUCAUACAAGAAUACCCUGGGGCAAACAACAUUCCAGAAGUAGAGGCUCUGCUUACUAUGGAGCGAUUGAUAAUUCCCAUUAGCGAUCACCGCUAUCACAAAUAGCGUACGUCAGUACAAUGGAUGAACAUUACAAGAAAGCCUCUAUCAUACAAUGGAACGCAAGAGGUUUGCGAUCACGACUUUCUGAUUUCAGACAACUCGUUUAUAAAUAUAGCUUCCCCAUCAUUGUAAUCUGUGAAUCAAACUUACCUAAAGACAUUCAAUUAUCACGGUACGAAAAAUUUGACUCAGCAUGCACUAAUAGUGCAAGUCGCGUGACAAUGUUCAUUCGAAGAGAUCUUACAUAUACCGCACACGUCGUUUCAACCCACCCGACCAACGAAUAUGUUUGCGCGACGAUUUCAAAUGGGAAAAUGAAGUUCACAAUAAUCGCAGCAUAUAUACCACCAAAGUCCUUAUUUGACAGGCAGCAUUUGGAGUCUAUCCUAAAUACAAUGCCACCGCCAUUUAUUCUAACAGGUGAUUUUAAUGCCCAUCAUCCAAUAUGGGGGAGCAUUCGGACAAACCUGCGUGGAAGGCACUUGGCAGAAUUAGCCGACGAUUACCACUUAUCUACCAUUAAUGACGGAACCCCGACGUAUUUCUACGGAACG